UCAUAGAGGAUUAUCAAUACUAAAGUUGAUAUACAUGUAGUUAACUUGUAGUAAUCAAGAACAUAGGAAUUAUAUGGUGUGGUCUACGUAGUGAAUUGUGUGUAAAAUAAUGUAACUGGUAUUGUUAUUGCGAAAACAAGAUAGGAGUUUAGAACACUCAUCUCCGCAAAACGAUUUGUAAAACAGAAUGAGUUCUUUGGAUGAAGACGAUCAUGCAGCUAUCGCUAAAACAUAUCAUUCCAUGGAUGAAAAUGGCGACGGUCGUGUUUCUAUGGCGGAAGUGAAGAGAGCAUCAAAACGAAUUGGUAUAGAUCUAUCUACAGACAAAUUAAAGCAGAUGAUGAGAGAUGUUGAUAAAAAUGGAGAUGGGUAUCUGGACUUGAGUGAGUUUGAAAAGCUGAUCACAGAAUAUAUGAAGCAUGACCCCAAUGAUAUAAAGACAGCAAGGAAAAUAUUCCAAGCCAUGGAUGUUGAUAAAGAUGGGAAAGUAACGACUUCGGAAAUUAUGAAGGCUAUGAAAGUCUCGAAGUCAGAUGCUAACGAUCUCCUAGCGGAGGCAGAUUCUAAUAAAGACGGGAAAAUGUCAUUUGAUGAAUUUGUCAAAGUUAUGAAAGGACAGACCGGAUAAAUGGUUCGUUUUUACCAUGUUCCUGUUUGUCUAACAGACAGAAGAAUGAUCUUGUCUGAUAUUCAGCAAAAAGAGAUGGACAUUGUAAACUAUUAAGACAAAUAUUAUGAAUGAGCUUGUUCAAAAGAGUUAUGAAUGUUACGUGUAGAUAUAUGUAUUUUGUGGCAGUUAAAAAUGACCAUGAUGACAUUUGCAGUAAAAGUAACUUCAGAAAAUGGAAAAUUUAAAAAUACAAUUAUUGAAAUAAAGUAUAUAAUAAUU